GAAUAUUGCAAUAAUAAUCUUAUUACUGUUGUACUGUUUUAUGUAUGUGACAACGGCUGCGAAUAAUUGAGUGUGUGUAAUUUCCAACGUUAAACGUAUUCAGCACUUAUUAACUGAACAUGCUAAUCUAUAAAAUGUAGCAAUAGAAUUUUAAUCGGAUCGCAAUACUUCAGAAAGAGUUUUGUGAAUAUUACCGAAACUUUAAUCUAACUGGUAGAUAUUUCUACAAAUAAAUAUAAAUGCACCGUGCGCCAGUGAAGUAAACUUUCCAUAUUGUGGUCAAAAUUGGAAACAAUACAAUAUAAUGAAACUGCUUCAGAAUCUGUUGUUUUACGUGUUACUCGUGUGCAUUUUAUGCAGAGGCUACUACAGCAGCAUACGGAACCGUAAAGAUUUGUGUCCUAAAAUUUACCCUUGGAUUUUUGUCGGAUACAGACCAUUAAGUAAAGAAUCAGCUGGAAUUUAUGAAAAAAUUCCAAAUACUACGUUCGAUGGUUGUAUUGCAAAAUGUUGUGAAACUGAUGGAUGUAAUGUUGUAUUCAUGCAUAAAAAUGAUUGUUAUACGCUAUCAUGCAAAUCAAAUGAAGACUGUACGCCAGUUUUUGCUAAAGAACACUCAAAUAUAAAUGAUUUUAAAAUGAUUUUAGUUACUCCGGUUUUACCUGCUAUGAAUUGGAAUGAAGUUUUAGUUAAUGACGGAGAAACUUCAUCGGAACAAGAAGAAGAAAGAAUCUUUUCAUUGGAUAAACUAUGUGAAAUAAAUACAGAUUGUUCUGAAAAUGAACUUUGUUAUUCUCAGAUUGGUAUUUGUACUUGUUUGAAUGGAUAUCAACUGGAUGAUACAAAAAAAUUUUGUUUACCAAACAAUAAUGUAGGUGGCCUAGGCAUAAACGUUACCGGAUUUGAUAUUGAGGGAAACAAUGUUGUUCCUCAGCAACAAUUUGAUUCAUUUAAAAAAGAAUUGGUGGAAAGCGAAUCGCAGAAACCUCCUGAAGUAAAACAUUUAGUUGUUUCGGUUUUAUCGAAAACUGUACGAUUACCCGAAAAUGAAGUUACUCUUUCUGCUUACACAGUGCCAGCUGAUGACACAGGCCAUAGCUAUCAGUAUGAAUGGACGUUGGUGUCAAAAACUCAAGGAUCAGGCCAAACAGUGUCUAUGAACGAUCAAAACGGGAGUACUCUAAAAUUAUCUCAUUUAGUUGAAGGGCUUUAUACAUUUAAGGUGACUGUCACUGGUACUAACACUUUUGGAGAAGCCCAAGCUAACAUUACAGUAUUACCACCACAAAGAAUCAAUACACCGCCAAAAGCAAUUAUUCAACCUUCAUCGUUAGUAGUUAAAUUACCUAACAACGUGGCAGUACUCGACGGUUCCAGUAGUCACGACGACGCCGGUAUAGUGCACUGGCGCUGGGAGUUGCAAAAAGGCCAGUUAGGGUAUCGACCACAUUUACCGCCCGAUACUCCAACUUUGCAACUGAGCGACUUACAAAUUCCUGGAAAUUAUACAUUCAAAUUAACCGUUAUGGACGCGUGGAAUGCCACCGAUUCAACUACAGCCAACAUAACCGUUACUCGGGUACCAGACUAUCCCCCGGAAGCCAAUGCUGGCCAAGAUAUGGUCGUGUAUUUACCAGUAAAAAAUGUGACAUUAAAUGGAAGUUUAAGCACAGACGAUCAUGGUAUUAGUGCAUGGGAAUGGACAAAAAGCUCUUCUGAUCAAAAUAAAGCUGUUGAUAUUCAAGAUACUCGUACUCCGUAUCCUAGAUUGUCAAACUUAGAGGAAGGUCUUUAUACAUUUGUGUUGCGUGUGACAGACAAUGCAAAUCAGACAUCAAGUCCAUCAGAGGUUCAUGUUUUUGUAAAACCCCCAACAAAUAAACCUCCUGUUGCUGUUGCUGGUAAAAAUAUAACAUUGUCAUUACCCCAAACAUGGACGUUGCUGGAUGGGUCUAAAAGUAGUGAUGAUAUUGGAAUACAAAAAUGGAACUGGCAUCAAAUAAAUGGUCCAUCGGUUGUGCAUUUCAAUAAAGUCAAUGAGUCAAAAACAAAUGUCACAGAGUUAACUAAAGGCAUUUAUUUAAUCCAAUUAACGGUCACUGAUGGAAAUGGCAAUAAUGCAUCAGACAUUAUUAGUGUUACAGUAAAUCAAAACAAAAAUACCCCACCCAAAGCUAAUGCAGGUGGGGACAAGACGGUAGUUUUGCCUGUGAGCGCAAUAGUGCUAAAUGGAACAUCAUCAUGGGACGAUUUAGCUAUUGUGAAAUGGGAUUGGAUUCGUGAACAAAAUUCUCUAGCUGCUGGAAAUAUUAUAUUGAAUACAGAUAGUUCGCCAGUAUUAGUGAUAACAAAUGUAGUGGAAGGAAGAUAUGUAUUUCGUUUGAGAGUUACUGAUGAUCAAGGAGCUACAAGUGAAGAUACGGUUUCAGUCAAUGUUAAACCAGAUCCAAUAGCUAAGUCAAUUGUGAGUUUAACAAUUUUCAUUGAAGCUAGUCGCUUAACUCAGAGUCAGGCUGAGGAGGUUAUUUUAAAAUUAGGCAUGCUAUUGCCUACUGGAAGUCAGUUAAAAGUGAGAAAGUGGACCGAAGAACAAAAUUCCAAAAGAGCUCAGUUGCACUUCUUUGUCAACGAUAAUAAAAAUAAGACGUUAGCUGGUCCCGAUGUUGUGGCUAUGUUGAAAGCCAAACUCAAACAAGACUCUUCACUAUUACAAUUGUCAGUGGACAACAUACAAACUACUAUUUGUCAAAACAAUUGUUCGGGACAUGGAAUUUGCGAAGAAGAAACACGUGUGUGUGUUUGUGAAGCAUUUUGGAUGCAUGAUCUUUACCGAACACUAUUUGGUGACGGAGAAUCUAACUGUGAUUGGAGCAUUUUAUAUGUGGGGAUUAUAUUGAUAGCAAUGUUCAUUACUACUGUAUUAUGUUUCUGGUGUAUCGCAUGUUUCUGCAAUCGUCUUUGUACUACCAAACAAAAAAUUAAAAAAUAUAAACUUGUCGGAGUUGACGAUGAUAGUCGUUCAAUGAAAACAUCAAUGUCACACUUGGAACUAUCAGAUACAGAUUCCGAUUCAGAUGUUUUGUUAGACGUAAGGAAAGCCAAGUUAAAUCAAAGCAGUAUUUCUGACCGACUACUGAAUGCAUCUCGGUAUAAGAAGAACAAAAGAAUCGUUGCUUAAAUUACAUAAUGCAUUAUAAAUUAUGUCUAAUUGUAAUAGCAGGUCAUUCAAAAUCUUGUGUAGAGCAUUUGAAAUUGGCUUUCUUAUUAAUAAUGGUAAAUCUUCAAGCACAAAAUAAUGUUAUUCCCAUUAUUAUAUGGAUAUCAGCUAAUACACUUGUCAGUGAUCUUUUAAUGUUGAAUCACACUUAUUUAUUAUGUAUUCUUUGGUAAUAUUUAUUUCGUUAAACUAAAGCUUUAUAUAAAACUUAUCGGUCAUUUCAAAAACGACAUGUCUCCGAUUUUCAAAAAUUACUUUUUGUCAAAUUUGAUAAUUAUAUACUUAGUUACGUAUUUUGUAUGAAAACUAAAUUUGUCAGACUCAUAUUUAAUACAAAUGUUGAGUACAAGACAUUAGAAUCACUGCAAAAACUAGUUAUGAAGUUUUUUGUGGCUAGUGUAAAAUUUAAAUUUUGUGACUUGUGUCGUUUUUGAAAUAACCGAUUCAAAUAUUAAAAAAUGUAUACCAAUUAAUGUCUAGUCAUGCUUGUAUUGUUUAAUUUUAAACGUAAUGUGACUGAAAAAAGAAAAUAUACUACUUUUCACAAUUAA